CCGCCCGCUCACGCCGCGCAUCGCGCUUUUCCGCUCCUCGCGGCCCCCCCACAUUGUUCUCUCAGGACUCCUGGGUCCCCAGGGAUUGCAUUCCAGGCUUGAGCCGGGCAGGGGAGAGGCUUGGCUUUGGCCAAAGGGUCGGAGGUUUGGGUCCGGGCCCCCCGUUCCGGGGUCCCCCUCCCCCACGGCACUUUUUGGGGGUGUGGAUUAUCUCAUCCCCGCAGGGAGGUGGGAGAGCGCGCCGGCUGCCCGCCUCCCUCCCGCCUCCCUGGCGGCGCCGGCCCGCGGCAGCCCCGCAGUAUGAGGUGGUGCUGGCGGCUCCGGGCCGUGGCGCGGCCGCUGCGGCGGCGGCUGCUGGAGGGGCGCUGAGGGAGCCCCCGGGAGCGGCGCGGCCGACGCGCUUCUCCCCGGCGCGCCCUGGCCUCGAGGCUUUUCUUCUCCAGCCGAGAGGACGCGGCUGUGAUACGAAGACCUUGUGUGGACAGUAAUGACCUCUCGUUUCCGAUUGCCUGCUGGCAGAACCUACAAUGUCCGAGCAUCAGAGUUGGCCCGAGACAGACAGCAUACAGAGGUGGUUUGCAACAUCCUUCUUCUGGAUAACACUGUACAGGCUUUCAAAGUUAAUAAACAAGAUCAGGGGCAAGUUCUGUUGGAUAUAGUCUUCAAGCAUCUUGAUUUGACUGAGCGUGACUAUUUUGGCUUACAGUUGGCUGAUGAUUCCACAGAUAACCCAAAGUGGCUGGAUCCAAACAAACCAAUAAGGAAGCAGCUAAAGAGAGGAUCUCCUUACAGUUUGAACUUUAGAGUCAAAUUUUUUGUAAGUGACCCCAACAAGUUACAAGAAGAAUAUACAAGGUACCAGUAUUUUUUGCAAAUCAAACAAGACAUUCUUACUGGAAGAUUGCCCUGUCCUUAUAAUACUGCUGCUCUUUUGGCUUCAUUUGCUGUUCAGUCUGAACUUGGAGACUACAAUCAGUCAGAAAACUUGCCAGGCUACCUCUCAGAUUAUUCUUUCAUUCCUAAUCAACCUCAAGAUUUUGAAAAAGAAAUUGCAAAAUUACAUCAGCAACAUACAGGCUUAUCUCCUGCAGAAGCAGAAUUUAAUUACCUGAACACGGCACGUACCUUAGAACUCUAUGGAGUUGAAUUCCACUAUGCAAGGGAUCAAAGUAACAAUGAAAUUAUGAUUGGAGUAAUGUCAGGAGGAAUUCUGAUUUAUAAGAACAGAGUACGAAUGAAUACCUUUCCGUGGUUGAAGAUUGUAAAAAUUUCUUUCAAGUGCAAACAAUUUUUUAUUCAACUUAGAAAGGAAUUGCAUGAAUCUAGAGAAACAUUAUUGGGAUUUAACAUGGUGAAUUACAGAGCAUGUAAAAAUUUGUGGAAAGCAUGUGUAGAACACCACACAUUCUUCCGUUUGGACAGACCUCUUCCACCUCAAAAGAAUUUUUUUGCACAUUAUUUUACAUUAGGUUCAAAAUUUCGGUACUGUGGGAGAACUGAAGUCCAGUCAGUUCAGUAUGGCAAAGAAAAGGCAAAUAAAGACAGGAUAUUUGCAAGAUCCCCAAGUAAGCCCUUGGCACGGAAAUUAAUGGACUGGGAAGUAGUAAGCAGAAAUUCAAUAUCUGAUGACAGGUUAGAAACACAAAGCCUUCCAUCACGAUCUCCACCUGGAACUCCUAACCAUCGAAAUUCUGCAUUUACACAAGAGGGAACCCGGUUACGACCAUCUUCAGUUGGUCAUUUGGUAGACCAUGUGGUUCACACUUCCCCAAGUGAAGUAUUUGUGAGUCAUAGAUCUCCAUCUUCAACACAAGCUAAUAGCAUUGUUUUGGAAUCAUCACCAUCACAAGAGACCCCUGGAGAUGGGCAGCCUCCAGCUUUACCACCCAAACAAUCAAAGAAAAACAGUUGGAACCAAAUUCAUUAUUCACAUUCUCAACAAGAUCUGGAAAACCAUAUUAAUGAAACAUUUGAUGUCCCAUCUUCCCCUGAAAAAUCUACUCCUAAUGGUGGUAUUCCACAUGAUAAUCUUGUUCUAAUAAGAAUGAAACCUGAUGAAAAUGGAAGAUUUGGAUUCAAUGUAAAGAACCUUAUUUACAUUAAAUUGCAGGCUGACCUCUGUGUCCCUCGAUUAAAUGAAGGGGACCAAGUUGUACUGAUCAAUGGUCGGGACAUUACAGAACAUACCCAUGAUCAGGUUGUCCUGUUUAUUAAAGCUAGCUGUGAGAGACAUUCUGGGGAACUCGUACUUCUAGUUCGACCUAAUGCUGUAUAUGAUGUAGUGGAAGAAAAGCUAGAAAAUGAGCCAGACUUCCAGUACAUUCCUGAGAAAGCCCCACUAGAUAGUGUCCACCAGGAUGACCAUUCCCUGCGAGAGUCAAUGAUCCAGCUAGCUGAGGGGCUAAUCACUGGAACAGUACUGACACAGUUUGAUCAACUAUAUCGGAAAAAACCUGGAAUGACAAUGUCUUGUGCCAAAUUACCUCAGAACAUUUCCAAAAAUAGAUACAGAGAUAUUUCGCCUUAUGAUGCUACACGGGUGAUUUUAAAGGGUGAUGAAGACUAUAUCAAUGCAAAUUAUAUAAAUAUGGAAAUUCCUUCUUCUAGAAUUAUAAAUCAGUACAUUGCUUGUCAAGGGCCAUUACCACACACUUGUACAGAUUUUUGGCAGAUGACUUGGGAACAAGGCUCCUCCAUGGUUGUAAUGUUAACCACACAAGUUGAACGUGGCAGAGUUAAGUGUCACCAAUAUUGGCCAGAACCCACAGGAAGUUCAUCCUAUGGAUGCUACCAAGUCACCUGCCACUCAGAAGAAGGAAACACUGCAUAUAUCUUCAGGAAGAUGACACUGUUUAACCAGGAGAAAAAUGAGAGUCGUCAACUCACUCAGAUCCAGUAUAUAGCCUGGCCUGACCAUGGAGUCCCUGAUGAUUCGAGCGACUUUCUGGAUUUUGUUUGUCAUGUACGAAAUAAGAGGGCUGGCAAAGAAGAACCUAUUGUUGUUCAUUGCAGUGCUGGGAUUGGGAGAACCGGGGUUCUUAUUACUAUGGAAACAGCCAUGUGUCUCAUUGAAUGCAAUCAACCAGUUUAUCCACUAGAUAUUGUAAGAACAAUGAGAGAUCAACGAGCCAUGAUGAUCCAAACACCUAGUCAAUACAGAUUUGUAUGUGAAGCUAUUUUGAAAGUUUAUGAAGAAGGAUUUGUUAAACCUUUAACGACAUCAACAAAUAAAUAAGAAAACAAAGAUCUGGGAUAUGUGUUGGAAAACUGCUUUCCGUUCACUGUGCCAUAAUACUGCUUGCAGGAAAUGGCAUCUGAACAAAAAAUUGAAGAACUAACAAAAACUGAAAACUUCAGCACUGUUGCACUUUAUGUUAUAAAAAAAAAGUCACUCUCAAAGUCAAUAGUUCAUGUGUUUGAAGACUAUUUCAUGCUUUGCUCCGAACAAAUAGUGAAUAACUGAGUAUGUUCAGGGUAAUUUAUGAAAUCUUGUGGUGGUGCCAUGCAGUCCCCUUUGGUAGAAUUGCCACAAACAAGGGUCAGAAUUAUCAUCUCUGUUAUACAACCUGUAGCUUACAAGCAAAAGGAAGUAAACAUCAGGAGUCAGCUCUGAUGUUUUCCAGUGAUUCAUGUACUUACUAUACUGAUUACCAGAUUUUAUUUUUUAAAUUUUAGCAAUAUCAUUCUCAAUAUUAGCCAAUACACUGCCUAUGGAUGCAGCACAUCUUUCCCUACACUCCCCCUGUAGAGACCUGCUGUUCAUAAGAAGAAAGAUGGAAUUUGCUUUUCCCAGGAAAUGCUGCACAUUGUCCAUUUACCAGCAUCUUAUAGAAGGUAUAAAUAUGAAUCUACAAAUUUUCUUGAAUUUAGUAAUGUAACUUAUAUUUAUCAUAAGGUUGGCUUAUUCCAAAUCAUGUGAUUUCACAUACUUGAUGUAAAGGAAUGCAUGCAUUGUGUCUUAACCCCUUAAGUGCCUUGAGACAUCUUUGUAUGUCUAAUGAAAGGCACUCAUUUGACCCCACUAGGAGGUAUGUAUGUAUAUUGUACAUUUACAGUUUUAUGCAGUUUAAAUCAGUUCACAUUUUUAAAAAUAGCUUCUUGUAUGGAGAGUUAUACAGUCAAAGGAGGGUAAAGAAAUUCUAUUUCUUACUCAAUUCCUGUAUUUUGCCACAAGAAGCCAAGAUGAUUUGUGUUCUACUGAGUGAGCGCUCUGCUGCUAUGGAAUUAUUCGAAAUCUGCACAUUCCUUUCCUGAGGGACAAGGGUUACAGUUUAGCAGCUCAAGUUAAAAGAUGCUUUAUUCUGCAAAUUUCAUAUUUAUUUUAUCCCUAACUUUAGAAAUGGCAUCUAAUAUACACAUUAAAGUUAAACCUACUGAUACUCUAAGCUAAAGAUAGAGCAGGUAAUUGUGAUUUAUUUCAGUCACUAACUAAAUUAUUACUCUUCAGCAUUCAUUUCAGUUCAUAUCAGGCUUUGUUCACGAUGGUCUGUUGGCUGGGAUACUACAUACAAGGAAUGAAAACUUACUGAAUUAUUUCUAAAUGUGAUCCCUCAAUAACUGAAAUGAGGGUUUUCUUGUCAUUUAGUGUACAAAUAAAUUUCUCCAGUUUAUAUAUACUUAUUAAGUUAUAAGCAUGUUAAUAUGGAGAGUUGAUUGUCCAGCCUGAUGGGGAUCUGAUUCCCUUUAAGGAUGUGUAUAUUUUCCUCUUCAGGUUUUUUUUAUUUUUAAGUCUACAGAGAGAUAGAAGUUUAAAAUUGCCCAGUUUUAAUAUAAGUGGAAAUUUUCUCAGCUAUUGAAAUGUUUUAUUACACAAUUAUUUUAUAUAGAUUAUGGUUAAAAUAGAUUCAUUUACUAGUGGUUUCUGAAUAUUUCUGUAUAGUCUUGAUAAAAUUUAGAGUUGAGUGGUAGAUAUUUUGGAAUGUCAUUUAGUAUGAGGGGAAAGAUGUACAUUUUAAAAUCCUAAGUAUACUCUAAAUGAUGUUAUUUCAAAUAUUCAAAAUCCAUAAUUGUAAAUUUUAGGAAGUUAAGUCCUAAACAUUAAUAGCCAAGAUACCAAAUAAAUUAUUGUAUUAAAAUAUUUUACCUUUUUUUUAAGAGAAAAGUAAGCAUAACCUUUAUGUCUCAAAGAGAAAUUCUCUUACCUAUUUCUGGAUUUCACAGUCAAGACAGUAUAAAAUAGAAAAUAACUACAUACAGUCUCAUUUGAACAUUCCAUUCUCUACCAAAAGAUAAAUGUAAUUUAGGCUGCUAUAUGACAUCAUGGUAAGUUGAAAAGUGAAAAAGUAAAAUGUUGGGGGUCUACAUAAUUAAUACUGUUUUGGCAGUAGUUUUUCACCUGAAUUAAAUAGAAAACCUAUCCUAACUAUAUGGAUAGAAUCUGACAACCGUAGAUUAAAAAUGUUACAGUUGUAUAGAUAUAAAUAGAUAAAUGUCAUAGUUGGCAUGUUCUUUUAUUUAGGGCUUUGUUUAUAUUUCUGAGAUUAACUCAGUAAUUUGUUGGCAAUGAGCACUGCUGCCUUUCUUAAAUCGUUAAUGCCAGUCUUUAAAUGAUAAUAUGUUACAAGAUUAAAAUUACAUUUAAAUUUCUCAUAUGUGAAUUUUUCAUCUGGGAGCGACCGUCUGUUAGUAUUUUUAUGUACAGAAAAGAUCCUUUUUAAAAGACAUACUUAUUAGGAUCUUAACUUUAAAAUAAAUGAUCCUUCACAACUUCUAAAAGUUAAUGUGCUAGUAUGGUUCUCUGUUCACCUAACAGAUAAAACUUUACCCAUUAUGCCUGAGAAUUUUUUAAUCUGUUUAUCAAUCUAAAUAGGGUUCUAGGAAUAAUCCCAGCUUUCAUACACCAAGAAGUUCUAGAUUCCAUUCAUAUCAAUGUAAUAUUGUGUGGCCAAAUUUAUUGUAUCUCUCCCCUCUACUCUCCCCCUCCAGCAACUAAUCUCCCCUUCCCUCCCUCACCCCACCCCCGGCCUCCACACACACACUCAAAAAAUCAGUGCUAACUGUUAUUCUCACAAGUGGAAACAGAUAUUGAUAAAUCAAGGAGCUUUUGUAAAUGCUAAGAAAUGUUUGUGAAAACCUUUCCUCUUUGACUUAAGAUGAUUUUACUAUGUUCAUCUCAGAUGUUUUAUUGAGUAUCUAUCUGAUUUAUAUCAGCACUGUGUACAUAAGAUGAGGAAUAUUUUGGAAUAGACUACAUUCACAAGAAGAAGUAUUUGUUAAAUCAAUGCUUCCAUUCAAACUAGAAGAAGAGUAAGUAGCAUAAGAAAAAAUUUCCUUUGGUAGCACAAGUAGGAGGGGAAAAAAGGAUUGAUCAUUCUGAUUAAGAGUAAAGAGAAAAUUUAUAUACAAAAACUGAUUUCAAGUGUACAAAAGUAUGUUAAGCCAUGUAGACAUUUGCUUGAAGGUUUCAAGUGCUAAUAUAUACACAUAGAGAUGCUUUUGUGUGAUUAUAUAUUUCUGUGUUUCACAAAGGCUAAUGCUAACAAACAGGGGUGAAGGAUUAUUUUAACUAUAGAACUGUUUAUAAUCUGUUGGCAGAUCUAAUCAAGUAUUUAAGCAAAAGUAUCCUCUCUCCAUUAGAAGCACUACAACUUGACAGCUGAAAGAAACUUGAAAGAUUUUAUCCAAUCUCACCUUCUAUAUAGGCAAUGUAUGAAUCAUAAAUCCUUGUGAAUUUUAGUCUAUUUCAGUUCAAGAAUUAUACUCAGGCAGUGUUUUUACUUAAUAACUAUGAUGACCUUAGAAGAUGUCAGUUAAUUUAGAAGAUAAGUUGGCUUUAAAAGGAGUCCUAUUUAGGACCCUGACUCAGUUUGCUAGUCGUGGUUCCCUGAGAAACAAUAGCUUUUGUAAAGUAUUUAGGCUGAUACACAUGCAAUAUGAAAACAUCCUGAAAUGCAAAUUAGAAGACUAAUUUUUAAAAGCAAUUAAACAUAGAACUAAGAUUUACAACGUAUGUCCACUUAUUACAUAAUUUAUGUUCAUAAUGUGAACAUGGAGUAGAAUUAAAGCAUUACUUAUUCUAUAAUCUUCUCAGGAAGGGAGAAGGAAACAAGAAUUUUUAACUAUUCUAUUUAAUAUCUGUGUUUUGAAUAUUUAAAGAUAUUCUGAUGGUAAGGUUGCCAAAGUAGUUUUGAAUUCAUAAAAAUUAUUUAUGCCACAAUAAUGUGGGAUAUGUUUACAUCUCUUUUAUUUUGCAUUUAAGUCACUUACAUUAAGGUCAAUAUUUGUUGGAACAUACAUCUCUUAAUAGAAUGACAAGACAAAGAUAAAUUAUGCCACAGCUUGCUUUUAUGUAAACUUCCAUCCACAAAGUAACUACUUUAUAUUAACAUUGCUUACUUCGCACAUUUGCUUCAGCUCUCCAACUGCAGUUUCUGCAACCAUUUUUUUCUGGUGUUUCCUCCAAGGAAAAUACCUAUGUUUCUAAAACCCACUGAAUUAAUUUUAUAAAAUAUUAAAAUUACUGAUCUGCUGGCAAAGAUUAAGUGGUGUCUCAGCAUGAUCAAACAUAAUUUGUAUCAAUGUUUUAUAAAAUUCUUAAGAAAAUUAUAUAGAUACAAAGGAAUUUACAUAAUAACAAAACUUGAGGGCUAACUGCUAAUAGAUUAUUUUAGCAAUUUUAUAAAAAAAGCCCCUGAAAUUAAUCCCUAAAUUGUGUUUUUUUGUGUUCAACUUACUUCACAGUGUUUGCAACUAUUUUCAACACAGUAUUUUAUUAUACACGGACUUCACUUCCUCAGUAGCAAUUACUACAGUAAGCCUUUCAAUGUUAUCAAAACCAAGUGCUAUUUCAGCCAGAUAUUAGACAUUUUAUUUUUAUAAUCUUUGUGAAGUUAUUUUGAGUAGACACCAAAUAGUUACUUCUGUUUCUGCAUCUAAAUUUGCUGCUACUUAUUUGUAUGUUUUUCUACUGCAGUUUACUGUUGAUUUCUAAAGUUUCGUAGUUAUUGUUACUUUUAUUAUAGUAAUCCAAGCUAUAUGGGCAGCCACCCAGAAGUAGGGGUGCAGUCCAUCAACGUUCACUUGACAUGGUUCAAUGCAUAACUAAGUAAACCUUUUUUUUUAAAUUUACAAAGUGAAAGGUAUUAGAAUUGUUGCAAGUUAAAGACUACAAUUUUGGGAGGAAGUUCUAAUGUUUAACUUCCUGUAACCUUUUAGAAUUUCUAAUAUAAGAGUGAAAUGUUUGAAAGCCUUGUUAUGCUCAUAGAAGUUUCAGUUAAACACUGUAGAAUUUUCCUACCUAUUGUUGUAUAAAUGAUAUAGAAAAUAUUUUUCUAUGGACAAAGGAUUGAAACUGUAAACUUCUGUUGCUUCAUUGUUUAAAAAUGAAAAAAAUGAUAUUUGUAUGUCUUUCAUGCUGUAAAGAAAUGAAUGUAUCUUUCAAAUGUUAUUAGAAUUAAGACUUGAUUCUAAGGAUAUUCUUUAAGAAAAAAGUUAGCAAGAGAUUGAAAAAGAAGAGUGUUUUCCACUUCAGUAUAUAAAAUGCAGUUUUAGAAGAAAAAUGUAAUUUUCUUUAUAAACAAGAGCAGUCAUUAUUGAAGCAUAUUUGAAUAUAAUGUACCUUCUCCAUUUUGUUUUGUGUUAGCUCUAGAAUAGAAAUUUUCCCCAAAAUGUGUACAUAACAAUUUCUAAGUGUAAAAUAAUUGAAUUCUAGACUUCUGGAGUGUGGAGGGGGUAUGUGUGUUAGGGUAAGCAUUUUGCCGCAUGUGUUUACCAUGACUUUGUCACUGUGUCAGCCACAAAUGAGGACACCAUUCUGAGAGCAUGAAUGAAGCCAGAAAGUCGCGUCUAAGAUUCACCCUCGUAAAUAUGUGCAGAGGCCCUGAUAAAUAAAUAAUCUGCUUUUUAUUCUCAGUAUCUUGGACAGAUAAGACCAGUGAGCCCAACUCUGACUUGUAGCAGUGGUGUCUUAUAUGUUUAAGGGUUUAUUAAUUCAGCUGAACAAAAAACAAAAAAGCCCUACAUUUCAAACCAACAGACGUGAUUCAUUUGUUCAACAAUUUCUUUAAAAAUGAUUACUAUUUAUCAUUCAUUAAGCUUGACUCUGUGGGAUCUUCAUUAUUUUACUCUUGUUUCCAUCCCUCCAACUUAUAAAAAAUCAUUAAUUUUUCUUUACAGUAGAGUCUUUGUGAAAUAACGUGAUAUUUUCCUUCAUUAACUUUUGUUACACUGUUAAAGGCUUAGUAUCAGGCCCCCUCAACCCUGGCAAUUUCCAAAAUUUAGCGAAUAUUACUUCUGAUAAUCGUAACUAAAAUAUCACAUGACUAUAUGAAAUUAUCACCAUGAAGCCAUCAAGGAGACUCAGCCCUACUAACAAAUCUUAGACCAAAAUAGGUGCUGAUUUGAGGUUUCUCUAAAUCCACUCACUGUAGUCACACUUGACUCCAUUUUACCUUUUAUUAAAAGAAGCUUUUUAGUUUCUACUCCUGAAUUGUAGUGUUCCAGUUUUUGCCUUCCUGAGCAAGAAAAUCUCAACCCAAGUCUGGGAUUCUUUGGUAUUAUUCAUCUUUUCCCGCCCUUCAGUUAGUUGACAAGUUUAUUCAUGCUUUUUCUUGUAUUCUCUAGAGUAGGUUGAAUUUCGACGCUGAAGUUGAUUUCUUGAAUUACAAAUAGCACUUUAUUUCAUGCUUACUACUGACUUAAUUUAUACAUUUAAAAAUAAAAUCUAUCCUAGGAGUUUUGUAAAUAUGGAAAAAAAUAUAAUGGAUUAGCAUGUAGAGCUCAUUGGAUUGGACCCAAGUUUAAAUGCUUUACAAUGAUCUCUUGAUCAUUUGAUAUUUAAAAGGUAACUUGGGUGGCUUUUCUAUAAUUUAUUUAGUACAAUAAAGGCUACCCACUUGACUGUCCUGCUGGACUCUCAGUUCUCUCAGCUAGCUUCAACCAAGUUUGGUUCACUAUAAUCAUUUCUGCUUUGCAUUUUUGUACAUUGCAUGAAUACUUGGAAAUCCACUUGUUUUGUUUUGAGUUGUACCUAGGUGUUAAGUCAAUGCUUCGCCACAAGUAAACUGAAGGAGGCAAAGUCUUGACACUUUAUAUUCAUGUUGAGGGACAGGAUUUAAGAGGCUAAAAACAGUUUAUAUUAAGCUGUUUUCAUUUUCUGUCGUUAGAAUAUGUGCUUACGCAAAAACAACUGUCCAACCCAGUGUUCCUGCAGCAUCAGGACAUUGCAUUACAAUCCAUAUUGUAAUCUUUUCAAAUAAGAAAAGCUAGCCUUUAUUUUCUAUAGUGUAGGCUUGAUUUUAGGACAGAUAGUUUACUAUAUACUCACCAAUGAUAUUUUUAAGUAAUAGUUUUAAAAAUAAUUAUUUCUAUGUAGAGGCUAUUUUAAUUUGGGAUUUUUUUUCCUUAUAACAGGUGCUAAAUGUAAAUAUAAAGGGCAAAAAGUCAUUUAGUUAAGUCUAGUUUAUUUCCUAAUUAAAUUAUAAUUUUACAUUUCUGCUGCCAUUUCACGUUUGAUUGUACUGAACUAGUAACAAAAUGGAAUUAGCCCUUAAUUUUUAAAAUUCUCCUCCCCAAUUUCACAAAAAUAUCUCUUUCCAUAUGGUUUCCAUAGUUAGGAGGUAAAGAAGGUUAGUUAGGUUUCAUUUUAAAUGUAUAAGCUUGAAUUUGGUCGACACUGGAUAAUUUGAAAUCAUCACUAUGCAUUUGUCACUGCAGCUUACAAUGUGCUUGAAAGGCCUUGUGUAUUUGUCUUAAUUUCAGUGAAAAAUCAGAAUUCCUGCAAUUGAUUUCAUGUGAAAAAAAUCUAUGAAUAUUAACAGCAAACAGGAUAAAAAUGUUGAUUUGCAUCAAAACUGUUGUAGUCCUAAGAGCAAUUUAUGUUAUGUGAAAUGCUAUUAUUAUAUUUAUUAUUAUACAUAUUUUGUUGGCCAUAAUUCAUUUUGAUUGAGAAAUAGUUGUUCAGGUUCAAACGUGAAAAAACUCUAGCUGUGACUUUAAAUUGUUCAAUUGCAAAAUAAAGAUGUGCUUUAGUAAUUUAA